AAAAAAUGGAGCUUAGAUGUAUGUAAGCUGAUCAUCAAAAUCAAUUAAUAAAUGGAUGUUGCUUAGAUAGCACAUGCCCAAAUUAAAGGCCAUAUUGUAAUUCUUGCUUACCAAGCCAUGUUCAACAUAUUUAAAAAUUAAAAUCUUUAGAAAUUGUAAAUGAAUGGAUUUAGGAGCAAAUCAAUUGUGUUAAAAAUGUUGAAAAGAAAAUUAAGGAUUGUCAAUAAUCUCUUGAAAGUCUUAACUUGUUGAUUCCUAAGUAUGAUUUUAAUAUCCAAUAAUUCUCAGAAAUAGGAGUUUCUUAGAUUGAUAAUAUUAUAAGAGAUUUAUCUUAAAUAGAAAAGUGUGAGGAAAUAUUAUUUCAACAACUUAAGUAAUAUAUCGAGCAAAUCAAAAGUAUUAUUGAUUAGAUAUUAAGAAACAUUAAGAAUUAAACAAAUUAGAAAGAGAAGACUAAGAUAUAACUUUUUAAUUCUGAUGAAUAACAAUAAAUGUUAGAAUAGCAAUAGGAUCUAAAUAUCUUGAAAGAAAGUUCUAACAAAUUCACCUUUGAGCUUAUGAAUGAAAACACAAUUAAGCAAGAUGAUUUGUGUUAUGCUAUUGCUUUUAAUAUUGAUUAAUCAAUUGUGUUAGCUGGAUGUGGUAAGGAUAUUAAGGUGUUCCAAAAUAAUUAGGGGAAAUUGAAUCAAAUGUAAUUGUUAAAACAACAUAAGAAAAGAGUUUUUACUUUAAAUUUUCUUGAAAAGACUAAUAAUUUUGUAUCAGGAGGAGACAAUUUAAUUAUAAUUUGGUAGAUGAUUGAAAAUAAAUAAUGGAAUUGUUAAUAGAUAUUAGAGGAACACUUAAAUUGGAUAACAUGUUUAUUGUUAAAUAAAACAGCUGAACUAAUCAUAUCGAGUAGUUAAGAUAAAACAAUUAAAUUUUGGAUGAAAGAGAAUAAUUAAUGGUUGAGCUAUUAAACCAUAACUGAUCAUUCUUAUAUUGUAUAUUCAUUAAGUCUAAAUGAACAAUAAAAUAAGUUGAUAUCUUGUUCAUAUGAUAAAUCAAUAUUAGUAAUAGAAUAAAGUAGUUUAAAUAAAUAAUGGAGUGUUACAUAAAAGAUAGAAGUUGAUUAACAUGGAAGACGAUUAUGUUUUAUCAAUGACACUUAAUUUACAUUCUAACCUUAUUGUCAAGAAUAAAUGCAUAUAUAUGAAUACGAAGCUAAUAAUAAAUAAUAUUCAAAAACUAAAGAAAUUGCUGUAAAGUGUAGUUCAGAUUUUUGUGAUUACUUCUUUCCAUAAUAAUACUAAAAGGAAAAAUGCCUACUAGUGAAUAAGAAUGGCAAGAAUGUGAAUAUAAUUUAGAAGAAAGAAAAUGGUGAUUUUCUUGUUUUAUAAUCUAUUGAAUUUAGCAGUGAAGUUAUUUAUGGGCAAUUAAGUGAUGAUGGAGAGUAUUUGAUCAUUUUUAUUGAGAAUGAAAUUUAAAUAAGAAGGUGUUAGAAAAUAUGAG